AUGUCCUCACGAAAAAGUAUUAGUAUGGUAACGCCUUCUCACAGACAUAAAAGUUUUUCAUCAUCACAGCCUCCGACAUUUCUUUCUUCAAUAGCCGCUAAUUUAUCGGGUAGUGGAAAUAAUUUAAUGGCUUCACCAUCAUCAUCGAAUGGAAGUAGUAAUACAUCUAAUAGUAUGAACAGUAAUAAUUCAACAACAAGUGCAAUAAUAACUCAAUCAGGUGUGGCUUCUAUUGGAGACAAUAGGAACGGUAAAUCAUGUGCCUAUGUCAAUGUAAUCUUUCCAAAACCUUUUGCAAAACAACCCAUUGUUCAUGGACAGGUUCUCAUCGAUCAGCUUACCAUUACAUCAUCGUCUCAAGCAGUGGUAAAAGAAGUUUCAAAUACUUACGCAAUAACAAUUCUAUCAACCACUACUACAGGAUUUUGUUGUGUGGUGAGAAGAGUUUCAAAGAAGAUGAGUGCAAAACCUUGGGUCAGUAAUAUUAAACUGCAAUGGUUUGCCACUCUUCCUUCAUUUUGCAGUGGAAGAACAGUGGUUGGAAUUCCAACAACAGGACAUUCACAAGGCAACUCUCCGCAAAUUGGUUCUCAAUCAGAUACUAUAAUGGUUGCAACGACAGCUCCAACUGGAGCUAGUUCCAUGACACCACAACCAAACAACCCCAACAAUAUGGUUUAUUUGAUGUCUGUAACAAUUAAUUUACCACCAAUACCAACGAAUUGGACUAGUGCAGCAAAUGCAUCAUCAACACGAUCACAUUCAGUUUAUGUUUCUUCAGGAGAAUUACAUCCAUACGAUCAACAAAUGCAACAACAAACCAAUGUUACUGUUCCUGAAAGCCCCACUGUUUCCACCAAUUUAAUGUACUCUCACACUCCAACAUUAAUUCCAAGUCAUCCACCAGUGGUUAUUGUCACACCACAUGCUUCUGACGGCAAUAGUGACGAUACGUUUGUUGCAAGCGUACGGGAAAUUUAUCCAAAUCGAUUUGUAGCAGUUAUUAGAAGAGUUGGAUUUGAAAAUAUGGCCAAGCCAUGGUCACAAUCUGUCAAAUUGAAUUGGACUGUUUUUUACAAUUCACCACAAAUUCCAAAUCCAUUCGGAAAAGAUUGCAUCAUCAAAGCAGGUGUAUUACCGGUGGGUCAAAACAUUUCUAGUGACGACUACGUCGAUCGAGAAAUUAGAUUUAUGCAACAAGACAUUCCAUCAAUCCCAGGAAAUGACUUUGGAAUGCCUCGAAUGGUUAUUUGCACUCCUAGAUGCGACCCUCAAAUGCCCAGUAACGAUAUUCAUGGCCUAAGUAUUAAGACUAUUUCUCCAUAUGGAUUUUCUGUAAAUUUGAGACACAUUGACUCUAAAACAUGGCAUCAAAAUUUAUACAUUUGCUAUAUGGCCUUUUAUAAGAUUAAGCGAAGAAACAAGAAGAAUGAGCCAGCAACUCCACCACCCACUACAAAGAAAACCAAAAACACUGGAUCACAAAAUUUAGUCCCAUACAAUUCUCAAGUUUAUAUCCGAAAUUGUACAAAUGGAUUUGUUAUACAGGCAAAUCUUAAUGACAACACUGUAAUGAUUACAAGUGAAAAGGCCUUUUUGCUUUCACAGGAUCAAAGAUUUAUUUUCAGAGAGUCAGGAUUUAUCGAAUUAGCCACAAAUUGUGACUAUGUGUUGGAAUGUGUGUCACUUGAAGAUGGGGCAGAUAUUGUGGUGAGCGAGAAACGAGACGUUGACAAUGCCACACAAAAAUGGCUCGUUUUCCAACCUGUAAAUCCUCUUGCCUCAGACAGUGUUUGUAUUGCAAACGUAGGCAAUUUAAAUUUGGUGCUGGAUUGUGAAAAUGUUCGAUCAAGCUCACCAUUCCUUUCCACUCUCAACAUGAUAGGUUCUGGCUCGAACAAUAAUCUUUCAGCGAUCAAUGACUCAGCAGAAAAUUCACACGAUCAAACACUCCAAAUCAAAGACAAGUCCAAGACUCAACAAUGGAAAUUCACAACAGUGCAAGAAAAUAAUUUAUAA